GCCGACUGAUCUUUGCUCUAUUAGGCAGCAUCCAAACAGGCUACUAUCUGUCCACCUUCAGAAAGAAGAGCUGUGAACAGGAAAAGUGAAGGCUGACCCUUUUGUUCUGAUCAUAGGGAAGAGCUACUUUGGACUUAAACUCGCACACUGGAACAUACUGGAAUUAAGGACACAUAUAUACUAUUCAUUCAUUUUGGAUUUACAAACCUAUCUGAGGUACGGGAUAUUCGCCCAUUUGGUUUUGCCUGGUGAGAGCUGAGGUUAUAUAUAUAUGUAUAAAAGAAAUCGAUCUUGAUUUCUUGGGAAGAGGAUAUCGUUUGAAGUCUGCAACUGAGCUGUUAAAAAAACAAAUCUGCAAACACCACUUCCAAAGCUUCUUUUGCUGGGAACGAUUGCAGAUUGAAGAUGGUAUUGGAUAUAAAGUAUUCCCUGUGGAUAUUCUUAUUAUUUUGUACAUUUGAUGUGCUUGAGACGACGCGGCACUUAAGGGUGGAGAAGAGUGACCCGGUGAGCGGCUCUCUUGCGGGGAAGGUGGUCCUGCCCUGUCACUUUUCCACUCUGCCCACCCACCAGCCGGAUGCCAGCACUGAUGCUACUUUGAUAAACACCACCCCCACUUCACCCCCGACCAGCCCCCCUGACCACCUGCGCAUCAAGUGGACCAAGGUGGUUGGUGAAAGUGAGACUACGGUACUGGUGGCCCAGAAUAGUGUCAUCAAAGUGGGCCCAGUCUAUAAGGGCCGGGUGUCGGUGCCCAGCCACCCAGAGGACAUCGGGGACGCCUCCCUCACCCUCGCCAAGCUGCGAGCCAGCGACGCUGGCAUCUACCGCUGCGAGGUCAUGCACGGCAUUGAGGACACGCAGGACAUUGUCUCUCUGGAUGUUAGCGGUGUUGUUUUUCAUUACCGGGUAAACUCCAGCCGAUACGCUCUGGACUUCAACAAAGCCGUGCAGGUCUGCCAGGAUAUAGGGGCGUCCAUCGCCACGCCGGAUCAGCUGAUUUCUGCUUACGAAGACGGCUUUGAUCAAUGCGAUGCUGGCUGGUUGUCAGACCAGACAGUCAGGUAUCCAAUCACCAAACCGAGGACAGGUUGCUAUGGAGACAAAUACGGGAAGCCUGGAGUUAGAACAUAUGGGAUCCGAGACCGCACAGAGACCUAUGAUGUAUAUUGCUUUGUGGACAAACUGGAGGGGGAAGUGUUCUUCAUGCCUGGCAAUGACAAGCUGACCCUGGAGGAGGCCUGGGCAGCCUGCGAGCGUCUUGAGGCCACUUUGGCACAGCCAGGGCACCUUCAUGCCGCCUGGAGGCAGGGCAUGGACCGCUGUGACUACGGCUGGCUGGCGGAUGGCAGUGCCCGCUACCCCAUCUCCAUACCCCGUACUCAGUGCGGCGGGGGCCUGUUGGGGGUGCGGACCCUGUACCGCUUCAGAAAUCAGACAGGCUUUCCCCACCCCACGAUCAAGCUGGGAGCCUACUGCUUCAAAGGUAGAGAGCUAACCACCUCACUGGACACAAUCACUGGUCCCACACCAACUGUAAGCGCGUCAGAGGAAAACGAAGCGUCUGAAGUUCUGCUUGAGGGUGCAGUCCACGUUAUACCAAGUAAAACGGAGAUGGAGAUCCCUGAGUCUCCCAGACUGCCGCACGCCUCUCCAACAUCAUCCCCCCCUGAGUUUGUGUCUGUCUCAAGUCGGGAACCUGCAAGCAAAAAGCCUGUCAGUGAGGAGCUUACAGAAGAGCAUUCAGCCAUGUUCUCCACCAGCAUGGCUCCUGCUGGCCAAACUUUUCCCCCAUCUCCGUCGUCCCUGACCACUUCUCUAUUUGACGCUGACACUGAGCCGUCAGAAGCUCCUAAGAGCGACAUCAGUCAAGUAGAAUCAGUGCCAUGGGCUGAUCCUGUCACAAUGGAGAACUUACCGGAGCUGCCUACUCCCAAAAGUGCCACCCCCUACCUUGACUUACCUACCAAGGAUGAAACGGAGCUGGGUAGCGCAGUGGAAGAGACAACUCAACUCCAUGACCAGGGUCUUGUUGAGGGAUCAACCCCAGUUCAACAGAGUGAGCCUGAGGUGCUGCCUGUGACUGACGGAAUCAGCUCACAGCCACAUUCGACACCAGGCGUGAGUGAGCCUGAGGUGCUGCCUGUGACUGACGGAAUCAGCUCACAGCCACAUUCGACACCAGGCGUGCCCACUGUGCUGCUUACAUCCACAGAAGUGGAGGACUUAGAUCAAAAAACAGCGGCACAGGAAGAAGGAAGUGCUUCUAGUGGACUUACUUGGUUAAGUCAACCCACUACUGCAUCCUUUUUAUCAAAAGAACCUUCUCCUAAAGACCAAGAUUUGGGAAAGCCUGCUGUUGUGUACAAGGAAGAGGGCUCCACAGACUUUGAUGGCUUGAUCAGUCUUUCUAAAGCAACCGCUACAAUCCCGUUGAUGGAGACAGAGAGAACAGCUGAUAUCAGCAAAACUGAAGAGAUGGAAGAUACCACCAUGGACACGAGAAUCAUUGGGGAGUCAGUUACAGGCCCGUGGAAUGCCGGGGACAUCGCUGACACUGACAAAGAUACCAACACAGCACAUGUCCGUGUCAUCAUUGUCAACAUUCAUGAUAAAAACCACUCAGUUGACACAGUUCUGGGACUCCUGCAGCAAGCUGGUAACGCAACUUCUCUGGAAUCUUCUCUCAUCAGUUCAGUUUCUCACACUCUCACAAGGUUGGACGAUCCGAUCAUUGGUUCUGGAGAGCUGGAUUUGAUUCCCGCUUCCACUGUCACACUCGCACCGACUGUGAGUUUUAUUAAUGGGAAGCAAGAACUCACUCAUGAAUCGUUUUCUGAAGAGCAGGAAGCACGAGGAGACCAAUUUGAGACUGCUUCUCCAGGAAUGGUGGACUUCACCCAACUGGGAGAGGAUGGAGACUAUGAAAAAUAUACCCUGGAAACUGGAUCUUUCACACCAGAAGGCCCAACAAUAGAAAUUACACAAAGCAUUAUGGGCACUGAUGCCACCCUGAUUACAGAGGAAGCUGUUGUGGCCACAUCACUGAGUGAGAGUUUCCCAACAAAGGAAACGCCACUCUUACCCACUUCGAAGGAAGUGAUUCUAGAGCUUAUGCCCUCUUCUGAGGCAUCAGUGUCGCCCAGCACUACAGCAUCUGAAGACACAGAAGGAUCAGCAACGCAUCCAACUGAUUAUGGAGCAGAAACCAAACGGGUAGAUGGAUCUGGAGAGGCGGCUGUGGUGUCUACCACAGCUUCUGAUGUCUCAGUGACAGUUACAACUGAUGAGGCAGAAGUCAGAGAAACAGAUAAGACCUUCACAGACGUUUCAGUGGGAGUGUUUUCUACUGUAUCCCCGUUCCAAACUAGUCCUGUUGUUAUAGAUGGUCCUGGAACCCCAACUCAGCAAGAAACGACUGAAGACACUGAAUAUUCUGCUUCUGCUGACAGCGAGGGCUCAGCACAAGAUGUCUACCCUCCUGGUCUAACAUCAGUGCAGCCAAAACAGACCACUUCCCCCUGGUUCACAGUUUCUGAGACUGAGACCUCAACGACCCCCCUUGUCACCGCGAGUAAAGGCUUAGAGGAAAAUAUACAGUUUACAGUUCAGGUAUUGUCAGUACAUACUGACAGCAUAAUGUCACAAGAAACAACUAUGGCGAGCGGACACAUACCGCAGGUGGAAAUAAGUACAGUAUUACCUCGUGAGUCAAGUACUGAACUUGGCAGUGGCGUUGUUACACAGGAAAGUGAGGCAUCGACGUAUGAUGGAGAAAAUGCAAUCCAAGAUUCUUCAGGAGAAGUGCCAGCCGUAACAGUCUUAAUAAAGGAUAUUUCAGAGUCAAGAACAGUUUCUCCUUUACUGGCAGAGACAGAAGGCAGCGCAGAGGGUUAUAGUCCAGAAAUACAGAGCACCCCUCAGUCACCCAAGACAGCAGAUUCACUGGUGAGGGAAACAUCCAGCCAGACCUCUGCCAUUUCAUCUACUGGAACUCCAACUGUUCAUUCCCAAGAUAACGACACACAGCAGCUUCUGAUGCCAACACCAACAGGUAGCGGUCUUGCCAUUUUAUCAGUCACAGAGCUUGAGGAGAAGACAACCAAUCUGACCGAUGAAAUGAAAGUUGCGGAUGAGCUUUUAUCACCUACUUCACAGAGCCUGGUAGAGGCCUCAGUGCCUAUAAUCGAUGUGGAUACAGAGGCACCCCUUGAAUCUUCUUCACAUUUUGUUCCCACCAUUCAAACAGAAGAGGCUGCAGGUGAGACACCACUAACAGUACAGUCCCCACUUUUGACGACCCUAGUACCAGAGGGAUCUGGUGAAGAAGUAAAUGCAUCAGCAGCUCUUUAUCCAGUGGUGCCUGAGUUGCCCACACCUGUCAUAUUCACAGUCCCAUUGUCCCCUGCAAGUGAAUUUUCUGGAGAUUUUAUCUCUGGCGAUGGGCCAUCAAUGGAUGCUUCCACUUCUGUUACUGAAUCCAUUGAGGUAUCAACUGGAAUGGACAAUCAAUCAGACACUGCAGGUAUUCCAAAGCCUGAGAAAACCACGUCUAAAGAGUCCUUCCUGCAGGCCUCUACAGAGAUUGCUUCAAUUUGGCAGGACACAGUGCACCGGGAAAUCGCAGCAACGACUAUCCAGCCUGAAACGUUGCCGCCUUCUCUUCCAAACAGUACAACAAGUGUGACCCAGGGGGAUGUAGACAGCCAAGAGAGCGUGACAGGGGAUGAGAAGGGUGUGGGUGACAAAAGCAAGGAUGAAACACCUACUGUGGGGACAAUAGACACAGAAGUGACUGACUCAAGUACUGAAAUGGCUUCCACUGUCAUUCCUGAUGAAGCCGUUGACUACAAUGCUAUUUCUGGACCUGAAACUGUUGAAGCAGAACCACCUCACUCUGGGACAGAAGCAACAGACCAACUUGAGACAAGUUACACAGUUGAGGGCCAGACUGUUGAAAUUCCAGAGCACAGCUCUAUAAAACCUGUGGCUUUUGCAGGGACACAGCUGACGUUCUCUCGCUGGCCGUGUCACUUUGACCGGAUGCCCUGCUUCUCUCUCUUAUCAGACACGGAAACAUGUGACUAUGGCUGGUACAAGUUCCAGGGCCACUGCUACAAGUACUUCAGCCACCGGCGUACCUGGGACUCGGCGGAGCGCGAGUGCAGACUGCAGGGGGCGCACCUGGUUAGCGUGCUUUCACACGAGGAGCAGCUCUUUGUGAACCGGUUGGGACAUGACUAUCAAUGGAUUGGCUUGAAUGAUAAGAUGUUUGAGAAUGACUUCCGCUGGACUGAUGGCCGACCCAUGCAAUAUGAGAACUGGAGACCAAACCAGCCAGACAACUUCUUCUCUGCUGGAGAAGACUGUGCGGUGAUGAUCUGGCACGAGGAUGGGCAGUGGAAUGACGUGCCGUGUAACUACCAUCUAACCUUCACCUGCAAGAAGGGGACAGUUUCUUGUGGCCAGCCUCCUCUCGUCAAAAAUGCCCACACCUUCGGAGUUAUGAAGCCCCGCUACGAAAUUAACUCCUUGGUACGGUAUCACUGCAAAGAGGGCUUCAUCCAGAGACACGUGCCGACGAUCAAAUGCCGCGGAGAUGGCCGAUGGGACCUCCCCAAAAUCAGCUGCAUGAGCCCAUCUACCUAUCAAAAGACAUAUUCAAAGAAAUACCAGUUUGAUAACUUCCUCGAUAAUGGCAAAAGGCGGUUUGAUGAAUCGAUGCUACAUCAUCACCGCUGGGCCACGAGAGAUGGAAAAAUUGGACACUGAUUCCCCGCAUAAGUUUUUAUUUGCCAUCUUGCCGUGAAUGCCAGACAACACCUUAUACGUGCCUUUCAACAUUUUAUCUGAACCAGCACGCCUGAAUCAAAUGCUUUUCCUAUGUGUUUUGUUGUCAUCUUUUUGAAUUUACCGGACUCUUCAGUUACAUUAAGGUAAAAUAUUAAUAAUAAUAACAAGAAAACAGCCACUAAGAAAUGGUUUUGUAAGUUUCCCCAAAUGGGUUUUUGAUGAAGUCCCUUAGUGGGAGAAUCUUUGUAUACUUUUAGUAUACUAUUUUCUACUGUGCAUCAUGUUCAUUAAUUCCAUUCAUACAGUAAUAGGUUCUCAUUCAUGACAUAUUCCAGUAAUCCAAAUGUGUAAAUAUACACUGUCACAAAAAAUAGUUCAUGUAAAUAAACAUAUUAGGCAGAUCACUAAAGCUGGUUCUUUAUCCAAAAAAAAAUUUGUUUGCUGCUCCAUGUUAGUACUACGAUUUCAUAGCUUCAUCUGUAGAGCAUUUAUACAAACUAUCAAUCAAUGAACAUUCAUAAUCUAUUCAGCAAACGCAUUUGAUGGGAGAAUGUUUUUUCAUCUAAGGAUGGACACAUUCCCUUUAGGAACUAGCAAAACAUUCUUUAAUGUAUCAUGAGGUGUGUUCUGAGGUGUCAGGAAAUGAGUGGUAGAUGACAAGAAAUGUAAGGACUGCAGAACAACUGAAAAAAGCUAACAGAGAACUUUAGAAAAAUGUGGGGGGGGGGGUCACAUUAAUAAAUAACAUGGAGCACUCAUAAGAACGCUGGUGGGGGCCUAUCUUAAAUGAAAACUUUUCUUGUAGGAAUUAUGAAAAAUUAAUCAAUAGGCUGUUUGUAUAUAUAACCAUCCUAAUACAUUUGUUUUCUGUAUGGUAUUAUACAAAAAAAUGCCUUGAAUGUUUUUGACAGGUUUUAGAUGGCAAAUAUAGCCAUUUGGGAGAAAAUUUAUUCAGUAUGUUUUUUAGUAUUAAAAGUAAAAUUGUGGAUUUGGAAUAAAACAAAUUUUUAUAUAAACAUCUAAUAAUAGCUCUGGAAUUUCUUGUGUUUACAAAGAUGUUUUUAAUAUAACUAUACUAUUUUGAUUUGACUUUUUAAAAUAUUGACUUCACUUCUGCAAGUAAUCACAGCGUAUGCUUCUUUAUAGGAAUAACUGAUGUUAACAGAAUGUACUUUGUGAAACACGCAAGUGACUUGAACCUUUGCAAUACGUAUAAUUUAUUAAGCACGUCCUCUGAUCUUUGCCUGACUACAGGUUAAAAUCAAAAUGUAAGCCAAUGUGAAAAACAGGAGAAUUGCUGCAAAUUUCCUCUCCACUAUAUACAGAGGAUUUUGAAAGGGACGUGUGUUUGUCAGACCAAGUCACCAUAUACUUAGCUGAAAUGUCUGUUGCCUAAACUGUUAUAGAAACUUGUGUUGCACAGUAGAUUAAUCCUCUAGUGUUUAAAUUCCUGUAAACAAUGUCGUUUUGUUAUAAUUUUAACUUUGUGUUUGAUUCCUUUGUUAUGUCUGCUGUGUUUUAUCUUUAUCUUUUUAUAUUUAUAUCAUAACUUUUUUUUGUACUAUGUGAAUGUUCCGGAUGUUUGUGAAUUAUGCUUUUCAAAGCUUGUUAAUUUUUUUUACCUUUUUACACAUGCUUUAUGUCACCAAAGAAAUCCACAAAUUUAAAUACAUCAUUUUGAGUCCCUUCUAUUUUUAAAUAAUACUGUACUUAAUAAGACUAUUCUUUUCCCUGUGUUUGUGCAGGAUUCUUCUGGGUAUUCCAAUGUCCUCAAAAAAAAAGAUGUAACUAGGCGAAAUGAUCUGGAAA